CCUUUCAUAUCAUUUUCGUUACCAAAAGUUCAACAUUUGUGUUCAACUUCUUUUUACAUAGCUAUGACAAUGAAGAGAAUGAGAGAAGAUGGUGGGAUAGAGAGCUUAGACAUGGCUAAUUGUCUAAUGUUGCUCUCUCAUAGCUUAGAGACCAAGCCCAGGAAAGCCUCACGGGCUGAUAUGUUUGAGUGCAAGACUUGUAAUCGCCAAUUCCCAUCGUUUCAAGCUUUGGGUGGCCACAGAUCAGCGAGCCACAAGAGACCAAAAUUGAUGGGGGAAGAACUGAAAGAGAGUAUAAAAACUCAGAACUUGGGGAAUAAGCCUAAGAUGCAUAAGUGCUCAAUAUGUGGGCUUGAGUUUGCUAUGGGGCAAGCUUUGGGUGGUCACAUGAGGAGGCAUAGAGCAAUGAUGGAUGGCGCAUUUUCUUCCGCUACAACAGAAAAGAAAGUGCCGGUGCUGAAAAGAUCAAAUAGUAGGAGGGUUAUGUGCUUGGACUUGAACUUGACACCUUUGGAGAAUGAUUUGAAGUUACUAUUUGGGAAGAAGGCUCCUCAAAUUGACUUUACUUUGAUGAUUUGAUUUGAACCACAAUUG